UCUCCAAACGCAAAAGAAGAGUACCUGCAAUGAACAGCCCAGAAUCAGUGAACCUGGUUUCUCAACGAAUAUCAUUUGUGAAUAAGAUCAGCACCCUGCUGAAGGCCACCUCCGAUGACGACAAGCCGAUACCGGGAUACCUGUACAAUGAGAUCAGUGGGAUCAGCCACGAGUCUGUCGGCUACUGCGAGAGUCUGCUGGAGUACCUGGUGGACCGUCUGGAGAAGAACUCCUACCAUGUGAAACUGAAGGUGCUGAAGGUGAUGCGGUACACGGUGGACAACGGCCACCCCAACUUUAAGGCGGGUCUGAUGAGGACAGCCCGAGGGGUGAGGGCAGCAACAAAGUAUGGCGGACCGCCCGACCCACUGCAUGGCAACAUACCCUACAUCAUGGUCAGGAAAGUAGCUCAGGAACUUUGUGAAGUUUUGUUUGAGGUUGAGGAAUCAAGCAACUCAAGAAAAGGGGAGACAACUCCAGCAAGACCAUCUCCUAAGGCUAUGAUGGGACUUGGCCCUUCUUCCAAUUCGGGCAAAAUGGAAGGAUUUGGUAACUCCCCACAGAAUCAACCAACUACUUCAUGGAAAUUGAGGGACGCAGCAGAAUCCCUGGGGGACACAAUCAUCGAUGGCAUCAGCAGGAUAGCUGAGAAGAUGGCGGAGACAGAUUCGGACCGACAGAGGGUGGUGCUUGCCAACCUGGAUGGAAGCAGUGGGCAGUACCAACCUCCAGUCAUCAUGAGCCCGGAUCCAAUCACAACCGACGUGACAGUACCUCUACCCAUCACAUCACCUGUUAAGAAAACACCCCCAAAGCAUGUCCCAGGGAAAGCUGGAGGGGGUUGGGACGACGACCCACCCACACCAUCCCGGGGCUCUCACAAGAAACACUCGGACAGUGGAGGCAGCUCGGACCUAGCGGACAGACUUGAGUCCGUGACCUUAGCCGACUGGAGCACAGAGGAGAACCUUGUGACGUCCAUCGUGGAUGAUCCAAGCUGUCUUCUCCUGACCCAGUCCCAGUUGGCAGUGUUCCAAAGACGAUGUUCCAGGCUCAACUCCGAGAAGGUGCUUGACUUCAUCAUCCAGAGACUCACAUCUGACCAGGAACCUGUCAUCAUGAAAAGUAUGCUUCUUCUUGAGACCUACUUGCGAUCUGACUUGGUUAACCUUGAAUACUUGGUCUCGACUAGUGAACAAAGUCUACUGGCAGUCCAUGGGCACUGGACUGGCCCACCUCACUCCAAGGCCAGGAAGAUAAUCCGUAUCCUUGAGAAACUGACAUCUCACACAAGUAUCCUGCCCGACCCUGGUGAGCUGAUCGUCAACACAGACACAGAUAGACGUGAAACCUCUCCAUGUCAAUCAGACGAAACAGCAUUAGAGGGAGGUAACUCUGACAACCUUGAGCUACUAUCAACUCCGCUGGUUACUGAUGACUUUGAAAUAUCACAAGACGGUCUCCUGGAUAAUAGUGAUGACUUAUCAUGACAUAGAUCUAUGUCUGUAUAUUUGGAAUCAAGAUGAGAAAAUUCCCUUGCUGAGACAACUGAUGUUACCCUGCCUGGCACUUGGCAUUAUGGGGAUAAGUCAAGGACUCAUUGUAACGUGUCUGUGGUAUCUCAGACUACUACAAUCUGUCAUACACAUGUGCAUGCAUGUCGCUAUGUGAGUGCAAUAAUCGUGAACACACAUUAAACUAGGGCUGGGACGGGUCCAAAUGUACUACACCAAACCUCCUAUUACCUCACCCUACCCGGGUACCUGUUGUAGGUAUCAAGAGAUUGGUACAAAGUGUACGAUAGGGAAUUGUUUGACCUGAGCCCGGGCAAAAAGUAUUUAGGUUCGCUAUAAAAUGAUCUGGUCAUGCAUAACUGAAUUUGAUUGAAGCUUUAUCUUUAUUCAAAAGUCAGAAGGAAUGUGUGAAUAGUCCGAAAUUUUUUGUGAAUAUUCGUGACCUGUAGUGUAUUCACGGAGUAGUGUAUUCACGGGUACCUGGGUCCUACUUAGUAUCCCACUGACUUGAGGACCCGAGGAACCUGUCCCAGCCCUACAUUAAACCUCAUUUCACCUCACCACACGUUCAAGACCUCACAAUUUAGCAUUUUUUGUGGCUGCUUUCUUUGAAAGGGAAGUCAUUUUUUCAACAACAGAAAGUCAUUUUGGUAGUUUUUACGAAAGAAAUGGUUGUUGCUAAUUUCUGGAAGAUAUUUGUAUGUAUUUAAAUUUCUUUAAGCCUUUAAUAUACAUGUAGGAGAUGGCUGUCUACAUCAUGACACUAGCACCACCAAAUAUGUCCAUUUCCUGUAUGCAGUUUUGUGCAUAACGUUCCCCGCGACGCCUGUAAACACAACUUCUACCAUCCGCACGGCAAGGCAUGAAACGUGUCUCGUCACUAUUCUUGUCUCCAUCGCAGUUGUGGCCAUGCUCUGUGACCUUGACACCAUUGACGUCGCGGCCAUUGAUGCAUGUUCGUCAAAAUGACGCCUCGAACUGGUCGUCGAACACAAAUACAAAUAAUUGGUUCCAUACUGCCUGGGCUGAUAUCCAAUGCAAUCCUGGUAUUGCCGCAGUUGUAGAGGUGGCCAUGCUGGUUCUUUCAUGUAAGUGAUGUAGCCAUAUGAAUCUGUCAUGUGCUGUAAUAGUGAUACGUGGUCGACCGGAUCCGGAGUGGUCCCAUGUUGUCCCGUGUGUCUGAUAACGGUUCCAGUCUUGUAAUGGGUCUUGGUGCUACGUGGAAAAACCUGGCUACAGCUGAAGAUGAUUCUCCUGAUUGCAGUGUUGGCUGAUGGCGUUGUUGUGUUGGGCUUCCAUUAGUUGUGGCAUGUGUUUGCUGUUCACUCUGAUAGCAUGCACAUGAAAACCCAACGUUUUUAUAGCCCAACAAGUGAUGUUGUGUUGGUGUGUGAUGGCGACAGGCUCUCACGUGGUUUUGUUUUUGCGAUUUUCCAUCUUUUCUCCAAAAUUUCUGCAGUACCUCAUUCUUUCUACACAAAUCAGCCCAAUCCAUGCAGAAAUUACCAAUUCCUUUUUGGUAUUAUUGUUGUAUGGAUGUUGGCGAUACUGUCAGAUAUUUACAAUUUUACUACUUUUGUGUUUCCAUUUUUGCAGAGUGUAUUAAUUAAUACAACAUAAUGAGAUUCUCUCUCUCCUUAUUACAUGGCUGUAAUUCCUUUAAACUUCGGCAAUAGCUUCAAGUAUGCUAUGCCAUUUUAAUGUAAAAUAUAUUCAAGCACUGCUGCAUGCUGUAUUGAUCAUGUUGCGAAAAUUUCUAUCCUCAUAAACAUACAUAGACCCUAUAUUGUGUGCUACAUAUGUAGUUUAUGUAAAACAGGAUAUACAGCUGUGGUUAAGUAGACAGAACUUGUGACAGUACCUUGGAGUGUACAGGGUCUGCUGCUCACGAAAACAAGCUCAGCUUCAUCAUCAAUACUCCACUGUGUUCCUACAUCACCUGUGAAUACUUAUGGAUGCUUUGCAGUGUUGUGGUGAGAGUAUGGGUUUAUGCUGCUUUUAGCAAUAUUCCAGCAACAUCACGGCGGGAGACACCAGAAAUAGGCUUCAUACAUUGUACCCAUGAGGGGAAUCUGACCUGGGUCUUCGGCGUGACGAACGAAUGCUUUAGUGAGUG